CUCAUCCGAACUAUCCAGUGUCGUCCGCGAUGUAUCAACAGCGACCGUUGCCAUCAAAUUUCCCACCUGUACCACCAGUCGUGCCGGUGCAAUCGACACCAGGUCUCCAAACCAGCAACCCAUGGGAACAUCACCACUACAUCAGCCCCUCGUCACAGGCCACCUUCCCGCAGUCACAAGAUCGAUACAUUUGCCCCACCUGUAAUAAGGCUUUCAGCAGGCCCUCGAGCCUGAAAAUCCACUCUCACAGCCAUACAGGAGAGAAGCCUUUCCGAUGCCCGCACAACGGCUGCGGCAAGGCCUUCUCAGUGCGGAGUAACAUGAAGCGACACGAACGAGGCUGCCACAGUGGCAUGGCCGGUCAUCAUAUUCCUCACGCACAUAUGAUUUGACGUUGCACGUCUUUGAGUUUCGCGAUCGCACAGUCUGUCAUGCAAUCCAAGCGAGGAGUUCCCAGGCGUUCAUCUGUGCAGGGAGGGUUUUGCAUGGCGUUAUUUGACGACAAGGUGUGGCGAGCGAAGCAAGCCCAUCCUGGUAUGGAACAGGCUUUAUUUUGGAAUUGGCCUUCGGCCGAUUCAUCACACUGGCCAAUGAGCGCAUGUCGUCCUAUCUCACACGGUAUUGACGCCUAUAGAGAUGUAUGUAUUAGUGUCACAAAUGAGUCGAUGAUGACCAACAGUGGCCACAAAGCACACAACAAGAAUUCAAUUCAUCAACCCAG